AUGCUGGUGUGGGGUGUGGACCCUCUCUCCAUGGAUGGCUUCAUGCUGGCUUACGCCGUGCAGGUCAACGAUCACCCGGACCCGCCGCUGGUGCACAGCAUCAGCUGGGGCGAUGCAGAGGCUUUGUAUCCACCCAUCUUCAUUCAGCGCUUGGAUUACGAAUUGCUGAAGUUGGCCCUCCGUGGAAUCACUGUCAUUGUUGCGAGUGGCGACAAUGGGAACAGCGCCGUGGGCACCGACUGCGACUUCCUCCCCGACCUUGUGGGGACCUCGCCCUGGGUCACCUCUGUGGGGGCCACAAUGCCCUCGCUGGAGUCGCAGCCAUACUGUGCGGCAAGGUCCUUCCAAGACGAGUUCGGCGAAUGUGUGGAGCCGGGGCAGGUGGUUUGCUCCACCAGCGAGGGGGCGCUGAUCACGAGCUCUGGGUACUUCUCCAUCUACCGUUCUCGGCCACGCUACCAG